UUCCGGUAUAUAAAUUAUUCGAUUUUCGCUUCUCCAUAAAAAAAAAAUUCGUUGUAUAUUGGAAGAUGAUGAGAGCAUUGAUCUGUUUACUCACCUUCAUUUUCAUCUUCUUCACCAUAGCUGAUGCUAAGCGCAUCCUUUUCCUCCCUCGGCCUCUGCCUCUCCGCUCCUUCAAGGUCAAUGCAACCCAGAAUACGGGGAGCUGCUCUUACACAGUAUCAAUAAGGACAAGCUGCUCCUCAAUUGCCUAUACACGAGAUCAUAUCAGUCUUGCAUUUGGCGAUGCUUAUGAAAAUCAAGUGUAUGUACGGAGGCUAGAUGAUCCACACACAAGAACGUUUGGAAGGUGUUCAACUGAUACAUCAAAUAAAGGGGGCUUGCACAUACCAGGUUUGCUAUCUCUACCCCUACAGGAACGGACAUGAUGGUUGGAAGCCGGAGAGUGUGACCGUUUAUGGCCACUAAUCUAUACCAAAGCUGUCACAUUUUAUUACAAUGAAUUUGUUCCUACAGGGCGUUCUGCAGCUGCAUGAACAACGUAGGCUAAUUUGUUCCUACAGGGCGUUCUGCAGCUGCAUGAACAACGUAGGCUAAUUUGUUGAAGAUCAGGUUGGGAAUUUACUGUUUUCAUGUAUUAGAACUUAUUCAGAGAUUGGAGAAAUAAAAAACUUAGUUUGACAUGACGAUAACAACAACAAAACCCUAUUCCAAAUGUAAUU